UUUUUUUUUUAUUCAUCUCGAGUGCAUGAAUCUGUCUCAGUAGCUCUCUGUUAAGUGGUAUAUGAGGAAGUAGGAGAGAGGACGAGAAGAGCUCAGAAAACAUGCAAUGGUAUUCAUUGAAUACAAUUUGGAUGAUUGCGAUAACAAUAGAGCUGACGUCACAAUCAGAAAUUCUCAUUAUUCGUCAUGGACGCUCUCGUUCUCGACAUUCGUCAGAAAAAGAGCAUAUUCGAUGGGGAUUAAAAGCACUUGAUAAUCAAACGAUCAUAGAAAAUCGUGAUACAUUAGUUGAAAGUAAAGAACAAAAUGAGGCAAAUGCGGAUGUAAAUGUCGUUAGCUUCUACGAACAUAAUGGCACUUUAAGUCCAACUAAUGAAUUUAAUGGAUCGAUUGGUAGCUAUGAAAUCAAUUACACGUUCGGUCCAUCAUCAAGAGUGGGAAACUACAACAGUGGAAGCGAUGAACGGGGAAACAAAAAACGGCAUUUUGAUUGGCAAUAUCAUUCGCAAGUUCUACAUGAACAGAUGCAAACGACAACAGAAAUGUCACCGAAACGCUAUCCCUCGAAGAAAGUGCCAUCAACAGCAGCAACAUCACCAUUGUACAAUGUGAGUCAAGGAAAAAGAAGAAAUGGCAAGAGAAAGGAAUUUAUGACCAAUAUAAAAAGCACAGUGAAUAAAGGAAUUCAAUAUUUGAAAGCUCAUGAAAAUUUAGACGAAAUAGAAAUUGAAAUAAAUGAUUACAAUACAAGACGUAAUCGUGAUGAAAUGAAACGCACAGAAACGGCAAAAGCCGACAUGGUAGCUGUAAAAAGUAAUAAAAUGCGAUCCCAAUCGAUUGACAAAGCAAAGACGAAUAAAAUCGAGUCCAUGCAUUAUAAACAGCAAGAGAAAGAACAGCAGCAGCAGCAUAAGUAUCAUUCGCCUAAACAAAUCAAAAUAAAUGGAAAUGGCAACAAGGAUUUUAGUAUAGUUAAGAUAACGUCUUCGGAAUCGAAUGGGAAAGGAGGAGGAGUGAAUAAUAAGAACAACAUAAACCCAACAAUAACUACACAACAAAAGUUUAAGAAAAGCAGCAUAAAUGAAAAGCAAAUAACCCAACGGCACGCAGCUUCAAAGCACAUAAAGAUUCAUCAAGCUCAUAAUGAAAUAGAUAUGAAUAUAAAGUCUAAUUUAGCUGAUAUCUUUUAUGUACCGACAUCACCGAAAGAAAAUCCAGCAUACUACAAUGAUGAACAAAUGUUAAGCGAUGAACCAGCUGGCAAUGUUGGCAAUAAAAUGGAUAUAAAAGAAAGUCUAAUGGAAAAAUCUAAUCAACAUAAUCAAACGAAAAAUGAUGCAAAUCAAAAACAUGAUAUAAAGAAUUCUACUGUUGCUUCUUAUAGCUCUCACUCAGCUGUCGGAGGAAAAACAAAACAAAAUGCAACACAUGCUAAUGGAUUUAAUAAUAAAAAUACCACCAUGCAUACAGAUAAGGCAAAUAAAAGUAGCAUUAAAGACUUUAACUCGAGUCCUCACGAAUUGCCAACAAAUGAAAGGCACGAAGCCAAUGUACAGCAUUUAGUAAAUGAUGAGAUAAGCAACGAUGAGCAGCAAAAUGAAGAAUUCAUCAACUCAAUUGACAUUCAGAACGAUGACACCAGUAAUGAGAAUACAAUCGAUUUUGAUAGUGAAUUUGAGGACAGCACAAAUCUCAAUAAUGUCUUCCACGAAGAGGAUUUGGAUUUAAGUGAUUUAGAUGAAACGAGUCGAAAUAAUCGUAAAAAUUUAAUGCGCGGUCGUGACGUUGUCACUCGAUUCUUACAAAUUGUUGAAAGUCAGCAUAUGCUUGGUAAUAAUUGUACUGCAGGUACAGCACUUAAUUUAGGUGAAGGUGUGGUGGAUCGAUACGCACAAGAUCGCUUUCGUGUUGAAGCUGAAGUGGCUGUUAAUCGUGCAAACAUGCUGACUAGAAUUUUUAAAAUGUCUCCAGCUGUGCAAAAGGACAUUAAUUUACUUCAUGCCUCUGUUCUCUCAAUGGUGGAAUUUGAUGAAGAUAUUUUCGCUGCAGGUCAUUGUUUCGAUGAGAACCAAAACCCACUCAAAAAAGGUCUAUUCUGUCCAUUUGCGCAUCGUUUACCGCCACCUGAAAUAGCGAGUUUAGCAAAGGAUUUGGCAAAUGAGUAUCAUUACCUCGGUAAUACAUCGGAAUGGUUUUUCCUUGCACGUAAGAAUGCGGAAAAGGUGAUUGCAAAGAACGAGCAAUAUAUAAAAGCUUAUCAUUCGUAUACCAAUGAUUCCGAGCGUCAUGCGACGGAAAUAUUAUCCGUAAAAUAUGAAGAUGGGAGAUGGUCGAAGCCUUACUUUGAUUGUGGUGGUGGCAAUAUCUGGAUGCUAACGUAUACAGUUCCAUUUUUUGGCUACGAAAAUGGCACAUAUUUUUUCAAAGGAACAUCAGGCAUCGAUAUAGAUUUGCGUAGAGUCGACAUUGAUCAAUGUCCGCAAAAAAAUUCAGGCGCUCUCGAAAAACAGCCAUUGAAUAUUUUCGCCGGAACUGAUAAAUGCAAACAAAGAACGACUGAGUGCUCUCCAAUAUCAGGACUUGGCUUUCGGCGAGGGUCUUAUAAAUGCAUAUGUAGGAGGGGAUAUUACUUUCCGGAUGUCAAGUCUGAAUUAAAAUAUUUUAAUGGAACGAAUUUGGAAGAAGAAUAUGCUAAAUGGAUGCAGAAUGAACCGUCUUCCUACAUAGAACCAAUGUCUUUCGAGUGUUUACCUUGUGCUGAAGGUUGUGAUAUCUGUGAGGACUCAUCGCCGUGCGUUGCAGAGCUAAAUUGGCCGAUGAGAAUGAGCAUUUUAAUUUUAGCGUGUGCGGUUAUAGGAUUUUUACCUCCAGCUGCUUAUUUUACAUUUCGUUAUCAACAAGUAAAGAUUGUGAAGGCUGCUAGUCCUGCAUUGCUUCGAGUGAUAGCAAUGGGAGCUUUCCUAAUUUAUUGUACUACCAUUGUCAUGUACCCGAAUCCUUCAUUGUAUUCGUGUGUCGCAAAAAUUUGGCUACGAGAAAUUGGAUUUUCUCUUACUUAUGGAGCACUUAUGCUCAAAACUUGGAGAAUAUCUGUGAUAUUUCGUGUUCGUUCAGCAAAAGCUAUAAAAAUAACUGACGCGUCGCUCAUCAAGAAAUUGAGUCUCUUGUGUGGAUUCGUGAGUGUUGCUUUACUCAUAAGAACACUUGUGUCGCCACCCGAUGUUAUUGUAGGACGUACAGCCGACAAUUUAAAAGCUUUCCUAUGCAAAACUGACUGGUGGGAUCACACCUUUACCUCAAUGGAAGUUCUAUUUCUCGCUUGGGGCGUUCGUUUAUGUAUUGUGGUACGUAAAGCUCCAUCCGAGUUCAACGAGAGUCGCUUUAUAUCAAUGGCAAUCUACAACGAAUUCCUUCUGACAUGCUUCCUCAAUGUUUCCAUGCUGUUUCUUCAAUCACCAGCUAAUCCUGAUUUACUAUACAUCAUAUUUUUUUGUCAUACCCAGUUAACUGUUACACUUUUACUGGCGCUCAUAUUCGGCUCAAAGGUUUACCUUGUUUUUCGUAAUGGAGGAAAGUGUCUCGAGGAUACCAUUCAUAGUAAAUCGAAUGCAGCAAAGUUUAUUAGCCGACCACAACCCAGAACAUACGCAAGUGCGAGUAGUGUGAAUGCAUCGUCGGGACAACUUCAGCAUCCAAAUGGAGCUGACAAUAAUCGAUUAAGUGAAAAUGAGGCUGUGGAAGAAAUCAAGCAAUUGGCAAAACAACUACAAAAUUUAUACGAGAGAAUUCCACAGCGAGGUACCGCAACAAAUGUUAUAUUAACAUUGUUGGAUAUUUGUCGUUCCGCUCAAAAUGGCGGAACACCAAAUCAGUUGAUGUUAAAGCCACCACAACAAGUGAAUGAACAAGCCAAAGCACUUAGUGGUGAUAAGAAUAGCACUUAUGUAGAUAAAGAGACAAAUACAUGUCAUGAUGACUACCUGUAUCAGUCAAGUGAUGUAGACAGUCGCUUUAAAAUAUCAGAUAAAUGUGAUAAAGAUAAUCAUUUAAAUUGCGAUAAAUGUAAGGACAUUAAGCAUAAGAAAACAAAAAGUAAAUGUUGUGAAGCCAAUAAUAUAAUAAGUUGUAGUACGAAUAGUAUUAAUUUUGAAAAUUUGCAAUUGCAAUGCAUGUGCAGUAGUGAUAAUAAUAGUAUUGAAGAAUAUCAAAUCCCGAUUGGCACAUCAUGGCAAUGUCAUCCAAGUGGACUCCACUUGGAUGCCAAUGGCGUGGCAAUGGCAAUUUUUUUAAAAUAA